AUGGCGCUGCUGGCGCUGCCGUCGGCCAAGGCGACGCGUCCCACUUCAAGGACGCUCUGUUUCGGAGGGGCGUCGUCGCCAAUGGAUGGCCAAAAGCGGCUUUGGCUGCGGCUCAUCGCGUCCCUUCGAGCGCAUCCAACCGUCGACUACUCGUUCCACAUCUUCCUGCUCGAGCCCAAACCAGUCCAUUCCACAGACGUCUUUACAGCACACGGCUUGAACGUGACGCACGUGCCCAUGAUGGUCUCCCGUGAAGAUAUUGCCCGGUACGACAUCACACACGAAAAGAUUAUGGCCGCGCUCGCCGACUUUGCGGACGCCGAAAAUCGAACGACGUUUCCAUCGUACGUUCAUUCGCUCUGGGCAUCGCUCGUUGCUGCCUUUGCGCCGUGCAAAGGAGGAGUGCUGAGCUACCCCAACUCGGGCAGCCAUGACGAUCGCGUCUGGGCCGGUCUCGGUCGCGCUGCCGGCGCUGCAGGCGUCGUUCUCGAGCUCUCGGGCGUGUUGCCUGUGUCACACACGGUCGAUCUGCUCAUUGGGCCGUCACAAUACACCCUCGCACAUCCCAGUGUCGUAAAUGCGAUGCGCGCCGACAUGCGAACGGUGAUUCCGCCCGGCGUUGAUCCGACGAUCUUUGCCCCCCGCGCCCGCGGCCAUAGUACUAAUCGCUGCGUCGUCGUCGGGUAUCUCGGUCGCCUUGUUGCUGAAAAAUCUCUCGGACUCCUUGCACGCGCCGUCGAGCUCCUUACGCAGACGAACAUGACCUCGUCGUGCGUGACCUUCCGCUGGGUCGGAGACGGCGCUGAUGCCAAAUACUACAAGCGGUACCCGAUCACGUUUCUCGGAAGCAUCGACGACGAGGCGGCGCUUAUCCACGAGCUCCAGUCGUGGGACGUGGCCGUGCAGCCAGGCCUCCAAGAGACAUUUUGCAUCGCCAACUUGGAAGUCAUGGCCGUGGGGUUGCCGCUCGUGACCUUUGGCGUCGCUGGCGUCGCCGAGUACGUUCGGCACGAGGAGAACGCGUGGGUCGUCGACGAGAUUUCUCCGCAAGCACUCGCCGCGGCGAUCGCGCUUUUGGCGGACGAUCCGAUUUUGCGACGCCAGCUCGGCGAUGGCGCCCGACGCACGGUCGAGACGCGGUAUACAUGGGCCCACACGGUGGCCGCGUACGACGAGGCGUACGGGCGUCUCAUUGGCAAUGCCAUUUACAAGCCCUAA